GAACAAGGGGUCUGUGGAAAUCAUGAGAAAGGACUUGAACGAUGCUCGGGACCUGCAUGGCCAGGCGGAGUCAGCGGCUGCAGUGUGGAAGGGACAUGUGAUGGACCGCAGGAAGAAGGCACUGACUGACUACAAGAAGCUGCGUGCCUUCUUUGCGGAGGAGGAAGAGCACUUCCUGCAGGAGGCUGGCAGGGAGGAGGGUAUCCCGGACGACGAGCAGGCUGACCCAGCCGAGCGCUUCCGCUCACUGCUGCGGGCCUUGUCGGAGCUGGAGAGGAAGCACCGCAACCUGGGCCUCAGCAUGCUGCUUCAGUGAUGGCGCUGAUCAGCAGGUGGUCCCGGAGCUGGAGGCAGAAGGGCCGGAUCCUCACCUCCGUAGGAACCGUCAGCAUAGACCUGGGGGAAGCAUCACGGGUGCCCCGCCUGUGGUUGUCCCAUAUAGUUACAUGUUUUCACCCCGUGUCUACAUGUUUUCACACUGUGUUGUUCUCCCAUCUCCUUGAGGCAUGGAUGUUUCGGGGCUGUAAGCAUUUCCUGGUAGAGACUGGUCACAGGGACACUCCCCCCCGGACCCCGCUCUUCCCAAGCUCUGGUCGCAGCUUGUUCCUCCAUCAGAGGCUUGCCCGCUCCUCUGGGCCACAUCCUUCCCUGGUCACACAGUGGCCUUGAUGCUUGUGCACUGGGAUGUCACUUUGGUGUCAAAGGAACCAGACCCUGCACCUUCCAGAUUUGCCAGUGUUCCCUGGCCUGCAGAUCCCUCACAGGUACCUGAGGAGGAUUAUGGUGUGGUUUGGGUUUGGUGGUGGCGUUUAGGAAAGAGCACCCACAUAGUGGACCCUGGGCUAUGGUUGGAGCCUGGCUCUUCCAGAAGAGAAAGUACAGCGUCUUGACACUUCCUGAGAGAGGAGUCCCUCCCCUUCUUGGAGUUGGGUUGUGCCCCAUUGGGCUUUAUCCUCACAGCUCUGUGCCCCCUUCCCCCCACCUUGGCUCCUCAGGAACCUUCCCUAGCCCCGCCCAUCUCUUGUAGAAGAGAGAGACCCUCUUUCCUGGGUAAGCGUGGCAGCUCCCUGCUGUGGCUCCAGGCCCACCCUGGUGUCUCAUCUUUUAAAAACAUCUUUCAUUGUAUCCUUGGCUUUUUCUCACUUCAUGUUUCCUCUGUUAGGUGAAUUUUGCAAAACUUGUGCCGUAGCAGUAGCACAGUUGCCUGUAUCAUCCUUGUGUGUAGAUUAAUUAGUCCAGUUGACAAAAACUCAGCACAGGGUAGGCAGAAGUGAAAGGUCCAGGAAAUGUACCAUAGUUGUGGACAAGUAUUCAGAUGCAUCCCUGAACAGAAGGUUUCAGGGAUAACGGCCUCACUAGAGGGGCCCAGUUCCAGAAGCAGUUAUUCAGCCUUUGAAAUCUUCAGCCUUCGACUGUGAGUCUGACCUGCCCAGUGUGUGGGCCAGGCUUGGUGUAGAAUAAAGUGGGUUUGCUCCAGCC